ACUUAGCCACAGAGGAUGACGUACCAGGAGGACAUAGUGCAAUACUUCAGCUGGGGGCUCAUCCUUAGUGGAGUGGCAUUCUUUUUCAAGCAGAUGAGGAGUCACACACCCUAUGGGCGUUAUGUGGUCUCCCCUGAGCGAGCUAGGAUGCUUCCUGCUAAGGUGGCCUGGUUCCUCCAGGAGCUGCCUUCCUUCCUGGUCCCUAUGCUCCUGCUCCUCCAUGCGCACAACCCCUCUGGCCUGGGACAGACUCUUCUCAUCUGCACUUUCUGUUUCCACUACUUCCAAAGGACAUUCAUCUUUUCUUUGCUGACCAGAGGCCGCCCGUCCCCUCUCUUCAUUGUGAUUUCGGCUUCAAUCUUUUGUUCCUUUAAUGGCUUCCUCCAGGGCUAUUACAUGCUGUACUGUGCCAAGUAUGACAAGACCUGGCUGUCCGACAUUCGUCUGGUGACAGGUCUAAUCAUCUUCUUUCUGGGAAUGGCCAUUAAUAUCCACAGUGACUAUAUGCUACGCAACUUGAGAAAACCUGGAGAAGUCACUUACAAGAUACCCAAAGGGGGCAUGUUUGAGUAUGUCUCAGGUGCCAACUUCUUUGGGGAGAUACUGGAAUGGUAUGGCUAUGCCAUAGCCACCUGGUCCCUGCCAGCUCUCUCAUUUGCCAUCUUCACAAUGUGCUCCAUUGGACCCAGAGCCUAUCACCAUCACAGGUAUUAUCUGGAAAAAUUCACAGAUUACCCCAAAUCCAGGAAAGCUGUGAUACCAUUCAUCCUUUGAAAGGAAGAGAAGGUCCUCAAGUUCUCUGGUUAAAUGAAGUGCAAGCACAGUGAAGAAGUAAACAUAUCCCUCAGAGUGCAACGUUCAGGGAAAUUGGAAGAGGAUCAAGUUUAGAUAACAUAUUGCUAUAUUGUAUAUUAAGUGUUUUUCGUUUACAUGGUUUCUAUAAUUUAUUAUGAGUAUAUAAGGAAAAUCUUUUUUUGCAUAAAUAGAUUAACUAAAAGAUUAAUACUUUAAAAACUACUUUAUGACAUCUGCUGUCUUCACAUGACACAAGUUCCAAAUUCUACUGUAACAUCUUUUUUUCCAUAUCCAGUGUGCAAACUGAAUACCACUUCAAACAGGAUUCCGUAACAACACAAAGCCUUCAAGCAGCCAUUUAAAAAGAGCUGUCAUUGUUGUUAACAUUAACAGGUAUCAGCAGAACAGUUCUCAUCAUUCUGAGUAGGCAUGUAUCCCUUUUUAUGAACUGGGUACGCAUUUUUUCCCACACAGUAAUAAAUGCUCAUUUAUUAGCAUAAAGCAGGCAGUAUCCUCAAGAAUUCUUUUAGUGCCUUACAUGACCACAAUAUAUUGCUGUGUUUUCACAAAAAAUUCCCCUAGUGGUUUGAUGUGACAGUUCUUUGAUAUUAAAUUAGUGACAACCUAAAGUAGCAGGGAAGGAAGCUUAUAGUUUUAUAAAUUCACUUGCUUGAAAAAUAGGCACAGAGAAAAACAGGUUGCUGGUACUCCUGCUAGAGCGCCGUGAAUUACAUCUAGGUGCUUGGCUGUGCAUUUAGGUUUUGUAAGGUCCUUGGGGAGGGGACUAAUUUGAGGCCCUGUACAUAUGAGACAAACAUCCAUCAAUCUCCCACAAAGAUUUAGAAUUGAAGUUUUAUUACAUGUUGUACAUCACUAUUCACAUUUUGUUAAAGUGUGAUAUAACUAUUUAUUUCAUUCAGAUUGACCAAUUUAAUAGCUGUGGCUUAGUAUACAUGCAUAUCUUGCUGUUCUCUGAUCUCCUUUUGAUCAGUGAAAAUGAUAUAAAUCAUAUACUGCUCAGGACAUUAGAGUGCAUGCACAGUUGCACACACACACACACACACACAGCUCUUUGCUGUGUGUAUUUUAAAUGAAGCAUGUUUCAUUUGGAAUAAUAUCUCGGCUGUGUAGCCACCACUUUCCAAGUGUUAUUCUCUUCCGAGUGCUGACUUUGGGGUAGGUGUUUUUAUUGUUAA